AUGCAGCGGGAGACGGAGGAGCGGAGUCCAAAACGACUACGGGCGGACGAUGCCUGCGCCGCCUCUCUCCCUCCCGCGGACACUGAGUCUUCUUCCUCGUCUUCAGCUCCCCCACAGCAGCAGCCGGAGGAGCAGCAGCAGCAACCAGGGGGGGCUCAGACAUCAGAGGAAGUUGGGGGGUUGUCGGGCAGCUCUCCUCUAUCGGCCCCCGCCGAGUUAGCGGCGGGGGCCCUGGGGUCGCUCCUCUCGUUGCAUGCGCAGUUUCACUGUGAUGUUUGCGGAGCAGACAUCAGUGGCGCAUUCAGGAUUCGUUGCGCAGAAUGGUGGACGGCAGAGGAGGAGAUUUUGCUCGUGGAUGGCGUCAGCAAAUAUGGCUUCGGCAACUGGGUGGAGGUCGCUGAGUUGGUUUGUCAUGCCUCGUUGGAGCCUAAGACACCCGAGCAGUGCGAGAAGCACUACAUGGGCGUGUAUCUUAAUUCUGCGGCGUCUCCUCUCCCGGAUUUGUCGUCACUUGUUCACGGACCAGACGGAGGGGCGCUCACCCCGGAGGAGGCCAAGGCAAGGAGGGAGGCAGAAAAGCUGACAAAGGCGGAGCCUGAGUCUUCAGGUGGAGGCGCCAGCCCCUCGCCGCUGUCUCGGAAGAGUCCUAAGCCCUCGCACUCCAUCGUUGGCUAUUGGCCGCUGCGUGGCGACUUUGAUGUGGAAUUCGACAACGACGCGGAGCUUAUCCUUGCAGACAUGGAGUUCAAGGAGGGAGAGGCGGUGCAGGAGCGGCAGCUGAAGCUGCAGAUCAUCGAAAUCUACAACUCGAAGCUGGAUGAGCGCAUUUAUAGGAAGAAUACCAUCAUUAGCAGAGGCCUCCUGGACGUCAAGUCCAUGCAUCUGCGAGACAAGAAGCGGACCAAGGAAGAACGCGAUCUCCACAACCUCUUCAAGCCGCUAGCCCGUUUCCAGUCGGACGAGCAGCAAGAGCGCUUGGUGCAGCUUUUGAUCGAAGAACGCCGCGUGCGGCACCGUCUGGCACUGCUGCAUGAGUGGCGCAGCCUGGGCCUUAAGACUGCGAAGGAAGUGGAGGCCUAUGAAGAAGAAAAGGCGUGGCGGGAGCAGCUGCGGACGCGAGCUCCCGAGUUGUGUCUGUCCGCGGCAGCGCCAGGGUCGAUCCAUGCAGCAGCGGCAACAGCCACGGCAGUAGCAACUGCAGCAACACCGACUGCGAAGACGCCACUAGCAGGCGCAAACAAAGGGAGAGCUGGACAGAGGGGUGGAGGGGCACUGGCAAACGCCUCAGCCUCUGGAGGCUCAGGCCCAGCGGGAUCUCCCAGCGCAGCACCUCUAACACCUAUAAGGAAUUUUCCUGGGGCGAAGCUCCUAAAGCCGGAGAACCUGGGGGCCCCCUCCGUGGAGGGCCCCAAGGAGGCAGGGGGGCAACCUGUCGAGGGAGAGUCUCAAGGUGUAUCUGCAGCAGCAGAGCAAGCGGCCUCGGGGCUACAGCUCCCGCAGUUUGUCCAGCCCGGGCUGUACAGGCAGCUAACAACAUGUUCUGCUUCUCGGCUGUUUGCCUCUGCCGCUGCAGUGGUACCUCUCUCUGUGGCCGCUGCGACUCCUGCAGCGGUGGCUGCAGCAGCCAAACAGGCAGGGGCCCUCGUGGCUUCGAGCGACCCUGUGGUAGAGGAGCCCAUGAGAUUGGCAGAGGGGUUGCUUCGCCCAAAGCUGCAGAAGGGGGUCGAGGGCGAAGGCGCAGCGAAAGUUCUUGAGGCAAGCACUGCGAGCCAAAAAUCAAACUCAGCAGAAACGGAGGCUUCGGAAAAUUCCGCCUCUUCCAAGAAAAGCAGCGCCUCCAUGGGAGCUCUGGUCGUAGGGGCAAUAUGCGUCGGCUGGGGUGUCUGGUCGGCUUCCUACAUGCGGCAGCACAACUUGAAAUUCCUAAGGGAGAUGUGGACGAAGAUGGACAGUCAAAUGACACGAACACACGAACAGAUCCUUAAUGCGGUUGAAGACGCGAUUUCGGGGGCCUUCCCAGAAGACCAGGAGCCUCUGCUGCCGGAUUUUAAAGACCUCAACUAUCCCGAGUUCCUUCCAACGCUGGUGCUGGAUUUUGAAGGUGUUUUGGCGAAAAUUGGACACGACAGGACGGGAGGAUACAAACUCCGAAAGCGCCCGUACAGCGAUUUGCUGGUGAGCCAACUGUCUCACUUCUUUGAAGUGGUCGUUUGGAAUGCCGACCAGCCCCCCGUGGUUCAGACGGCGCUGCAGCAGUGGGGACUACCUGUUACCGCGUGUCUCAACGUGGACCAUAUGACGCGGAGAAACGGACGUAGAAUUAAGGACUUCUCGCGUCUGGGCAGGCGUCCUGACCGUGUUAUAUAUGUCUCGUGUACUGACGAAGGCCUCGAUGAACGCUUUAGGGCAAACUUUAUCAAAGUACCUCCCUUUGGGGGAACGGCGGCUGAGAUGGUCAGUGACACAGAAUUGCUGGAUCUGGUGAACUUCCUGAAGCACUGCUCCUUAAGCCCCGAUGACGUGCGCAGCAGCAUUGCCCGCUUUGGGGGCGGAGAGGACGGCGGCGUUGGCCGCCGCUUCGAUGCUGCAAAGAAGGCGCAAGAGUCCAAAGCAAACCAACGCCGAAGCAUCGGGAAGCUCUUUGGCAUGAGCGCGCAGGGUGGUACCGGCCUGGUGGCUUCCCAAAACCCCACGCAACCAGGGGCUGCAUUUGGCGGACGUCAGGGCUUUUAA